UGUAGUGUCCUGACAAAUCUGCAUCAUACAUAUAGCAUGUUGCAUGCAAAUUAGCCGAGAUUUAUAAAAAUGUUUGGUCAUUUACGAUAGCUGUAACACUUGAGGUUGGAAAAACAACAACAACAAUAACAACACGCCAGUGUUAUCCAUGACCAAAAGGAUUCACUGAAUCAAAAGGCUGGCUCAGGUUCAGCAGACUUGAUUCAGACAACUCAUGCACAUUUCCAAAACCACAACAUAUAAACACGUAAAAUAAACUGAUGUUUAUACACCCUAUACAGCUUGUACAGUGCUAACAUGACGUGCAAACGAUGAAUAAAGCCUUUCUUGUCCAUCUCAGGACUCUGAAGCGUGUUUAAUCCGGCUCAGGUUGAUGUGUAAGCAUGUUGCUAAUCCCGUUAAGACGUGUCCUCGUAGACACACGGAGUUAGCAUAACACUGCUUUGCUAGCAUUGGUUGUUUUGUGAUAGUGUGUGCUCAUGUACUGUAUGUUGGAUGAUAAAACGAUAAGCAUCUGCUCUUCAUGUUGUGGGAUUACUGCUGCCGGUGCUGUGGGACGCCUCCGAUCAAAUGCCAUUGCAAGCUGUCAAUCAACACCAAGCUCAACGACACACGGGUAACGCUCUCCAUCUCGGCUUCUGGAGAUCUGUGGCAGGAUAAAACGGGCCUAAUAGUCUUAAAUCUGCGGCCGCAGUCUUUCAAAGUCAGACAUGAGGAAAAUUCAUUCAUGGAUUAGUGCAUAAAUUUGGUUAGAUGGAGGGUUUGGAUGGAUGAGUGACUAUAACGCAGAGCUGGUUGAUAUAUUUAUUCUUGUAGAACCUUCAGGAAUCCAUGCAGGGUGUGUUUAGAACAUUUAGCACAACCAGGGCGAAGAAAAACAGAAGAGAAAGGCAAAUCACGAAUCACUGACUGCCUGUGACACAAGCGCAUUGUAGCCUACGUUAAGAUCCGUCUUUGCUGAAUCAGUUGACCGUUGGAGUUGAAUGCCGUGAGCCGAAUCACACGUCGUUCUUCAGAACCUGUUAAUGUGUAUUGUGUGUUUCUACUCGCUGUACUACAUCACUCUCAGUGUGUGCAUCGGCAUCCUGAAACGAGGAGGACAGCUUAUUAGCACCGUUCAACUACAAAAUGCAACCUUCAUGGAGCAACCCGAAGUAUUUAGGGACUGUGCGUCUGUUUCUCGUGCAGCGAGCGUGAUCUCGACGGAGGUGACAUACAUCGUGGGAGGACUCGUAUUCGCCUGGAUCGUGGAGGAGUGGGUGUGGGACUACGCCUUCACCGUCACACUCCUACACAUCGGCCUCACAGUCGCUGUCAUGGCCGAUUUCCCUUCCACAGAACACUGGUGGAUCGCUCUCGGGUCAGGUUUAGUGAUGAUGAUCCUCGGCGGUCAGCUGUUGGCGCGUCAUCUUUUCCGGAAUCAUUUUGUGCAUCCCGCCGAUCUCCAAAACUUCUGACCCACUUCCCUUCACAGUGAGGAUCGUGUGCUGUUUUUUAAAUAUAUAUUAUUUAAUUUUGUAAGUGUUUUUUAAAAUUGUAGAAGUGUUCCGUGUCUGCGAGAUGUAUUUGUGUCAGUAAUCCUACAGGUAUGUACACCGGAGGAGGUGACAGGCAGUAAUACCACAGCACGUCAUCGACCCGUGUAAUCAACGGACCGUGAACAUCAUAAGAAACCAAGUUCAACGAUAUUUGAUGUUCUGGAACGU